AUGAAACAUCUUAUAAACCAAAGAAAGUAUACUUUUUUGUUCAUUAGAAUCAUUUGUUUGCCCUUUUUAUUCAUCGAUUAACAAAAAAUUAGUUUUAAGUAACUUAUAGAUCGUCGU